AGCUCUGCUAACAUCGAAGAUAGAUUAAACCGUCGGAAUGCCCCUUUUCUUCAUCCGAGAGACGAUCCCCGACAUGCAACUAUAUAAGGCCGGGCCCAGCGACGAUCACUCCUCUUUUUCUUCACUCGCGACCUGACACUUUUCUUCACAGGCAGUAUCGGAAAAAUCAGAGAAAAUCAAGGGGCAAAAAAAAAUGCGCUCUAUCGCAUACCUCGCUAGCGGCCUUCCGGUCGCUUUGGCAGCCACUUCCGGCCAAUUCGAUGUUCUCUCCUUCAACGUAGCUGGUCUUCCGGCUAUCCUCAACGGCAACGAAGUGCCCGGCGAUAAAACCACCAAUUCCGAAGCAAUUGGAACCAAGUUCACCGAAUACGAUUAUGAUGUGAUCCAUGUGCAAGAGGAUUUCAACUAUCACGCUUCUAUAUACAAGACCGACACCCAUCCUUAUCGCACUGCCACUUCCGGAGGGGCGGGCAUCGGAUCGGGUCUGAACACACUUGCCAACUACCCUUGGGUGGACUUCGAGCGCGUCAAGUGGGAAACAUGCUCUGACGCCUCUGGUGCCGAUUGUUUGACUCCCAAGGGAUUUACCACAAUGCGUGUGCGUUUCGACGAGGGUGUCUACGUGGACUUUUACAAUUUGCAUGCAGAUGCCGGUUCUGAGACCGACGAUGUCAAAGCCCGCAGUGCCAAUUUGCAGCAGGUGGCCGAUUACAUCGGAACCAAUUCCGUGGGUAAUGCGGUUCUGGUCUUCGGCGAUACUAAUGCACGAUACACUUCCUCUGGCGAGAAUAUCCGGGUGUUCGGAACCGAGCAGGACAUGAAAAACCCUUGGGUAGAGCUUAUCCUGAAUGGUGUCGAGCCUACGGAGGGAACUGAUCCCUGGAUGUGUGACAACCCGACGACGAACAACACCUGCGAGACAGUUGAUAAGAUCUUUUACCGGGGAAGCCGUUCCAUCGAGUUAAGCUCAACCUUCUGGAGCUAUGUAGGCACUAAGUUCGAACUUGAUGGACAUAUUCUCUCCGAUCACAACCCUAUCGCCUCCAACUUCACAUGGACUUUGUCUGAUUCAGUGCGCCAGAGUGAUCUUUUCGGUGGCCCUCAUGGAAACUGGUUCAACGACCUCUCUUCGGUUCCCUCGUCUUCAACGGGCGAGAACAAGCCAAGCAAGAUCAUCCUUCGGGGAGAAAAUCGCGUGGACAGUGUAGGUCUAGCUUUGACUUCGGGUCAGACUUACACCCACGGAGGAACGGGCGGCACUGCAGCUGAGCUUACCCUGGCGGAAGACGAAUACUGGACUCAGGCGAAGCUCUGCCAGGACAAGUACGAUAAUCAUACUCGCAUCUUCUACUUGUUGGCAACGACUAGCGCUGGCAAUACGGUCAGUACCGGGAAAACAACAGCCGACUGCAAGGAAUUCACCGCGCCGGAUGCGUGGCAGAUUGUUGGGUUCUAUGGACGGGAUGGAGAUGAAGUGGAUGAGUUGGGAUUCAUUUAUGCACCGCAGUGAUAGGGACUGGUGCUAUGGAGGGAUUGAUCAUUCCUUGUAUCUAGGGUGAAAACUAUUCUAGAAGAUGUGCCUGGUAUUUAGAAAGGUCUUGCAAGUACAUCAGUUUUGAGUGCUGAUGGGGUCGUAGGCUAUUUGUUCCCAAAGCACCAAAGCUGAAAGCCCCUUGGAACCCAGCAGAUAUAUUCUAAUGGGUGGGCGAUUUGACAUACUCGCU